AUGACUUCUAUAAGUCGGGCAAUGUGGCUACGCCUGUAUAAAGACCUGAUAUCGCAAGCGUCAAAAUUCACCGAGUAUUCGUACCGUUGUUUUGCCCGUCGUCGUGUUCGUGAAUAUUUUCUGCACUACCGUCACGAGAAGGACCCGGUGCUGCUGGAACACCUGUACGCAGAGGGUGAGCGGAACGUCGAACUGUUGAAACGGCAGACGGUUGUUAACUCAUUGUAUCCAGGACCAAAACUGGUCAUUGAGAAACAACCUCAGCAGCGUGGCAUCGCCGUCAGGGCGAGGCGAAGUUGCCCCCAGUGCAAGAGCAGUGAUUAUAACAACCGUGACUUCGUACUGAUGAUCAACGAGUGCGGACAUCCUCUAUGUCGCAACUGUGUCGACCGUAUGUUCUCGAGACAGUCGGGGCCGUGCCCGACCUGUCGGCGCGUGCUUAAAAGAAGCAGUUUCUGGCAACAGAUGUUCGAAGAUCCGCUGACCGAAAAAGAGGUGUUCUUCCGCAAGAAACUGCAAAAAGUUUUCACUCUGGUAGAGAAUGACUUUCCUGACCUCCGUUCUUACAAUGACUACCUCGAAAAGUUCGAAAAUCUUGUCUUCAACUUGGUCAACGACAGGCAUGUAGAAGAGACGAAGCGCGAGGUGGCAGAGUUCGCCAAGCAGCACGAAGAGCAGAUCGCCCGAAGCAAGAACCGCAAGACUAAAGACGACGAGUGGAUCCAAGCGAUGUUGGACGAAGAAGAGAUGAUGCAUCAGCGAGUGAUGUCUGAAGUGACCAAUGUAGUCGAUGAAAGCGUAACAGAAUCUAGCGAAAAUCGUCCUGAUGCUAUCGCUGAUGACAUUAUCAAUGAGUUGAUGACUUCGAGCAUCCCGGCCGAACUGAUAAUUAGCAACAAAAAACGCCAGUUGUUUGAAAAAAUGAAGGCCACCGCUGGACAGACUCCUCGGUCCGAUGCUAAACGUCGGAAAUUGCUAACUGUUGAUACCAGCAACUUCACGGUGCCAAACGAAGGCGAAAAGUACGAAUACACUGAAAGACAGUUGCUGGCUGGCAUAAUGUUUUGCGGGUCAUUUUCGAAGCUUGCCGAAGACGGUUUCCUCGCUCACGUUAAGCCGGCGACCUCUGUCCAGCGUGCCGGUGGCUACGACGAAUCCCUGGCUUGUCUUCGUGCAUUACAGGAAGCUCACUGUGACUUGGAUUUAGUAAAGGUUUUUUGA